GUUUGCUUGCGUGGGUGAUAGUCAACACUAAUAUUUAUUGUCUAGUGCGAGUAGUGUACAUUCGUGUCCAUUUGUUGACAAAAUGGAUGACGAUGAUUAUGACGACUUUAACGAGAAUGAUUCUUUAAUGGGAUCUAAUGAAAGGCAGGGUGAAGAAAUCAAACCAUGGGACCGGUUCAAAAUAAUUCACAGAAAACCAGCAGCAGGGUCUACGGUAGAAACAAAAUUUAUCGACAAUGGCACGAAAUUUCUAAAAGUGGCCACUGUUAUCUUCGUAUUUACUGUCGUACUGGGUUCGGCUGUACUUUCAAAAAGUCUAGUGCUAUUUAUGACGUCACAAAUUAAGAAAAACGUUACCAGACAAUAUUGCAACAAGGGUUUGGAUAUAUCAAGACAGUAUGUAUUUUCCAUGCCAGAUAUUGAAAGGACAACUUGGAUAUGGCUUCUGAUGUUUGCAUAUUUUGUUCCUGAAGCUGGAACGUUUAUCAGGUCUGUUCGUAUUAUGAUCUUCAAAACACGAUCUUAUCCAAAAUUCAGCGAAUUUUUCAUUCUUCUACUCACUGAAUCGUUACCAGCAAUCGGAAGCAGUCUUCUAGUUUUCAGUGUUUUACCAGACAUGGACGUCGUAAAAGGCGCCAUGCUUACAAACGCCAUGUGUGUCGUCCCUAGUUUACAGAUGGUUCUGACGAACGUCGAUUCUAAAAAGAAGGACGCAUUGGUUACAAAUGUUUCGGAUAUUGUUGCACUAUUAGCACAAAUUUCGGCCCUAAUUGCAUGGCCUCUGGUUCAGAGGAACAAUCAAGCUUUAUGGUUGAUACCAGUUUGUACAAUUCUUAUAUCUUUUGGAUGGUGGGAAAACUUUAUAUCAGAAUUGUCACCGAUUGUAUUUAUUAGGAGGUUGGCCAAAUCAAGGAAAGACUUUCCACAUAGCAAGUAUUUUUGCUAUUCAAUUAUUUCCGUUGUAAAGUGCUUAUUAUUUUUCACCACUUGUGUCGCAAGUAUUUAUUUCAAAGAAGGCGAUGUAAAGUUUUUAUUCGCCAAUUUUGGUUCCAUCUUCCAAGAACAUCAAAUGCUAGUAACAGAAGUGGUACCAACAGUAAACGGAUUAACGAUGACCAUAGACGAUGCCGUAAGUACAGGAGAACUACACUCUAUCUUCAGCAAUCCUACUCUUCAGAUUACCGUCUGGGUAAUUUGCAUUUCGACCGCUUAUCUUUGUUAUGCUUUUGGAAAAUUCGCUUGCAAAAUAAUGAUGCAAGGAGCAAGCUUUGCUUUCCCAAUUGCAUUGGUAGUUCCAGUCCUUAUUUCCGUAUUGGUUAUUGUAUGUGGCUACUAUGCUAAAGACGAAUGUGCAUAUUACAACACAAUACCUCCAUAUUUGUUUUUUAAUUCUCCACCACUGCUCUAUUUAGAAGACUUCGUUGGUCACCAAUAUGCCUGGUUAUGGUUGGUAUGGCUGCUUUCUCAGAUUUGGAUCACAAGACAUAUAUGGAUUAAUAAAAAUUCCAAAUUAUCAUCAACAGAACAACUAUUUAUGCGACCAAUGUAUGACAGUUUCCUUAUCGACCAAUCCCUUGCGAUGAAUAGAAGAAAUGUGGUCGACCAAUUGAUAAAAGAUGAUGCAAUUGGCGAUGCCGAUAUAAAAACUCAGCUAGACCCAGACAAAAUAACGAAAGUUUACGCUUGUGCUACGAUGUGGCACGAAACACCCGAAGAGAUGAUGGAAUUCUUGAAAUCCAUCUUCAGGAUGGACGAAGAUCAAGCAGCUCACAGAAUUGUCAAGCAAUAUUUGCAAUACCCAGAUGAGGGCUAUUAUGAUUGGGAGACUCAUAUAUUUUUUGACGAUGCCUUCUUGAGAAAAUCUGCCGACGACAACGAUCCCAUCCUUAACUCUUACGUGCAAGACUUGAUUGCGACAAUGAGCAAGGCAGCUUCUGAAGUUCAUAAAACUACAGUUAGAAUGCGCCCUCCUGUAAUCUAUCCCACUCCUUAUGGAGGUCGCCUGGUAUGGACCCUUCCUGGCAAAACCCUACUUAUUGCUCAUCUUAAAGACAAGGCCAAAAUAAGAGCGAAGAAACGAUGGUCCCAGGUUAUGUACAUGUAUUACCUUCUUGGACACAAAAUCGUAGAUAACGAUGAACUUACUGAUGAAAGGGUUGCCCUUCAAUCUAAAAAUACCUACAUCUUAGCUUUGGACGGAGAUAUUGAUUUUCAACCAGACGCAGUACAUCUACUCAUUCAAUACAUGAAGAAAAAGCCCAAUUUAGGAGCUGCUUGUGGACGUAUUCAUCCAGUCGGAUCCGGUGCAAUGGCCUGGUAUCAAGUAUUUGAAUACGCAGUAGGGCAUUGGAUGCAAAAAGCCACUGAACACGUAAUUGGCUGCGUACUUUGUUCGCCCGGUUGCUUCUCAUUAUUUAGAGCUGAAGCCCUUAUGGAUCAUAAUGUGAUGGCAAGAUAUACAACGAGAUCUACCGAGGCAAGACAUUACGUUCAGUAUGAUCAAGGCGAAGACCGAUGGCUCUGCACUCUUCUUCUCCAAAGAGGUUAUAGAGUAGAAUACUCAGCAGCUUCAGACGCUUACACCCAUUGCCCAGAAGGUUUUAACGAAUUUUACAAUCAAAGGAGACGUUGGAUGCCUUCCACUAUGGCUAACAUUCUCGAUUUGCUGGAGGAUAGUGUGCAUAUUAAGCAAGUUAACGAUGAUAUAUCCACUCCAUAUGUUUGGUACCAGAUGAUUUUGAUGAUCGGUACAGUAAUUGGCCCAGGAACCAUAUUUCUCAUGUUAAUUGGAGCUUUUGUCACUGUCUUCAAUACGUCUCAAUACACUGCUUUAUGGUGGAAUAUAGCUCCGGUUCUAGCCUUUUCGUUAACAUGUGUAUUCACCAAAUCAGACACACAGUUACUUGCUGCAGCUGUAAUAAGUGGAGUUUACGGUCUUAUUAUGUUGACGGUACUUAUUGGUGUAGCAAUGCAGAUUCACGAAGAUGGUCCGCUAGCACCAUCUUCUCUUUUCUUUUUCCUAAUGAUGGGUGAAUAUGUCGUGGCAGCAAUUGUACACCCUAAGGAAUUUUAUUGUUUACAAUAUGGGCUAGUCUACCUAAUCACUGUGCCCAGUAUGUACAUGUUGUUGGUAAUAUACUCAGUAUUUAACAUGAAUAACGUCAGUUGGGGGACAAGAGAAGUCACUGUAGUUCCAAAACUAACAGCGGAGGAAGAAGCAAAAAAAGCUGUUGAAGAGCCCAAGAAAAAAGCAUCAUCGCCGUGGUACAAAUCAGUCUUCACUUCUUUAGAAUCAAGAUAUCUGCUCAUGAUAAGUAACUCGCUAAUGAGUAUCCAGCAAAAAGUAGACCGUAUGGAUCAAAAAAUCGAUGAUUUAGAAAGAAUUGCUAUGGAUCCAACUGCUGAACUUCCACGAAAAACGGCUGGACAAAGAAAACCAACCAUAAUUGAAGGAUCUAGAGGAUCCAGAUUGUCGGUUAGACCAUCUGUACUACGAAAAUCCACUCUAGAAAAACCUGGUGCCUUCCAAACGAGUUCUCUUGAGGAAUAUGACUUUGAAGACGAUGAUUCAAUGGGAGCUCCGUCAGAUGAUCUACAAAAUAAUAAUUGGUUCUACGAUGGGGAAUUAAUUAGAGGUCGCGUUACCUUCUUGGACAAAAAAGAAGAAAACUUCUGGAAAGAUUUGCUCGACAAGUAUUUGCAUCCGAUUGAGGAUGACAAGGAAAAAGUAGCAAAGGACCUGAAGGAUUUGAGAGACAAAAUGGCAAUGAGCUUCUUUUUUAUAAACAUAAUGUUUGUUACAGUUACUUUUUUACUUACUCUAAAAAAGGAAAUAUUGCAUCUCAAUUGGCCGUUUAAUCCAUCUGUUAACUUUACUUAUUCUGCUGCAACAAAUAUUAAUGAGAUUAUUGUUAACAAAACCUACUUGGAAUUAGAACCUAUUGGUUUUGUAUUUCUUAUAUUUUUCUUCUCUCUGAUGGCGGUGCAGUUUGUUGCUAUGUUAAUUCACAGAUUCGGUACUUUCGCACAGAUUAUGGCCAACACAGAUUUGGAUUUUGGCGAAACCAAGAUCGAAAAUAUGACUGAGGACGAGCUUUUAGAAAAAGACCCAAUAAAGAUAUUUAGAAAAUUGAUAAAAUUGAAGGGUGUCAAUGGUGAUGAUGAGAAGGACGAGGAUGUAGAUGUUCACGUAACGAGAAGAAAAACAGUGGCUGGUCUUUUCAAAGACAAAGAUAAGAAACGAGCAGUUAUCAACGAUUUGGACUCUGCGUUUCAUGCUAGGAUGGCCAAAAUUCGAUCUGGCCAAGAAACUGAUAUUCCUGUUCCAAGAAAAACUCUGGCGGCAAUACAGCGCAGAAGGACUGUGUUAAAUAGAAAAUCACAAAUGCAAUCGACGCAAGCGUUCGAUCCAUCCGCUUUCAGUAGUUUUGCACAAUUAAACGCCAAGUCCCCAAUUCAGCACCAUUUCGAUAAUCCUGCGUUCCAAGAAGAUCCCGCUAUGGCUUAAAUAAUUAAAUAAUAAUGAUAAUAAUUCCAAAAUAGAUCCUACUUCGCGACCUAUACAUAUUAUAACAUAUUAAUUAUUAGGUAAUACCGGGUUAUUCACUAUAUUUUGACCCCCCCACCUGCAGCCUUUACCUUUACAGGUAGAUGAUAGGUGUGAAUAGGAAAGUUUUUAGAAUCCAUCGUCAUCAGAAACAAAAAAUUAUUGUCAGAAAUUUGAAAUUUUGCGUACAUUUAACUUUUUUCUAAUGGAUUGCCCUAUAUUUGAUUCUAUAUUCUUCAAGAGCACAAUUUUCCGAUUACAGAAAUAGAUAGUACCUAUCUCUAUAUUUGGUUGAGCCGUCUCGAACUUAUUUGGCUCUAAAAAUUGUAAAAAUACUAUCUUACUGACUUAGAUUUUGUGAACCAUUCUACCUGUCAAGGUGAAAGCUGCAGAUAAAAUUCGAGGCACUUGGUUUCUCUGAUAGAAUUUUUUAAAAUUUUAGAGCCAAAUAUGUUGGAGAUAGCUCAACCAAAUAUAGACAAUCUAUAUAUUGUUGGAAUCGGAAAGUUGUGCUCUUCAAGUAUAUAGAAUCAAAUAUAGGGAAUUCCAUUUGAAAAAAAAUUAAAAGUACGCAAAAUUUUCAAUUUCUGACAAUAAUUUUAAUUAAUUUUAUUAAUAAAACUGCACAACUUUUGUAUUUACCCCUAUCAACUACCUGUAAAGGCUGCAGGUGGGGGGUCAAGUCAGUAAAUACAUGAAAUAAUUGGAUGAUAUAAGUAAUUGGGCAUAUCAUUUACUUCAACAAUUUUAAUAAUACUAUAUUUUUUUUAUGUGAAACCUUUAUUUACCCUUCUGGUUUACGCCCAGUACCUACUCACCUCCCUAACUGGGUAGCUGUUGAUGCACCUGGAUUUUUUUUUUUAAUUUAAAUGAAACGAUUUGUAUCUAUGUCUAAUUUAGUAGCUACGUAUUAUCAGCUAACCCCACAAAAUAUAUAAAAAUCCUUAAUCGAACAAUAAAUUAGUGAACAAAUAGUAAUUUUCAUAGUGAUAAUUUCCAGCAUCACUUAAGUUAUGAAAACUAUUCAUCCGAAUUCUCAAAACGAGGAACACACUUACAGAAAACAGAAAAUUUUCUACGAAAUUAUGUUACUUUCUGAAAAUAUAAAUGUAAACCUUUCAUUUUUUUAAAUGCAAUUUACAGGCUACGUGCCUUUUGACCGAAAUCACUUUAUAGUUUAUAGGUAUAGGUAUUAGAAAAUUAAUUAACGGAAUGUGCCUCAAUCAAUUGAAUCAAUUCUGUGAAAGAUGUGUGUGUGUGUUAUAAACCAGAAUGAGUGAUAAAAAUAAGAAAAAAAAAACAUUCAUGAUUCAUAAAAUAAUUAUUUCAAUAGGUACCUAUAGUUCGCCUUACGAGUCUAGCACUACGACAUCUGAAGGGCAAGGGGGAAUAACGCCAUUCAUUUCGAGCUUUAUGCUGCCCGUCAUAGGCGUGCGCGCAGCGUUUUUAAAUAUUACUUUUUCCUUAUAAAUGUAGGUGUGUAACAUAGAUAAAUAUUAAGGUAUUUGCUAUUGGAAGUCAAAUAGGCAAUAUUGCAAUUUUUUUAUCCGCAUUCUUUCUAUAGUGCUAGACUCGUAAGGUGAACUUUACAAGGUCUGUUUUUUAUAAUUAGUGCGGCUUUUACAACUAACAAAAAAAAUAAUAAAAAAAAGGUAAAUACAAAAGUUGUAGAGUUUUAUCUCUAUUAUUUUUUGUCAGAGAUAUGUGGGGGAAAUAGAAUGCGCUUAGACGACUGCGCAUCAGAUUUUAUGGUAACGCAUAGGGUGUCGCCAUUUUUAUCACUUUUCAUUUAUGCCGUUUCCGAUUAGUGAAUCCAGUGUAGUUUUCUUUAUUUCUGUCUUUUUCUUCUACAGGUUGAUGAAAAAGGAUGAGAAAAGACUCAGUGUGCAUUAAGGGUGAGGUCCGUUGUCUAACCUGGUUAACCGGUCGGUACAAUGUCGGUUGACAGCGGUUGACAACGAUUGACAAGCGGUUGCUGAAAAUUUCGGUUUAAUACGGAACGCUUUUCCAAUCACAGAAUCGCCGCCGGCCGGUUGCCUUGGUGACAUGUUUGACAUAACCAACCGCGUUCCGUAUAGACCGGUUUUUCAGGAACCAGACAUUACGGAACGUGUAACCGUAACCAAGGUUGACAACGGAACCCACCCUAAAUCUACCAGUCGGAAACGCCAUUAGUCUUUACAUUGACAACUUCAUUCUGACAAAUUUUUCACAACAUAACCUUACUUUUAGUCGGUUACAGAUUAUUGUUUUUAGCGAUUUUUCCUACUUUUUCUGAGAUAUUUUUAUCAGAACGGUGUUUUAAAAGAUUUCUUUUUGUUAUUUCUGCUUAUUUUUGGAGCUAUGAGUUGUUCAUGACCUAUUUUUCCAACACUUAAUUUGACAAGUGAUAAAAAUGGCGGUCCUUCAAAUUCGGCUAGUUGCGCAGGAUGGACCCUUAUUCUAUUCUAACCUUUUUCUAACCAACAACUCUCCCAUAUCUCUGUUUUUUGUACAUUUCAAAACGGACAAAAGCCAGUAACUGUCAUAAUGACAAACACUUGCAUUUUUUUAAAUGGAAAACCCUGUAUAUUUUUGAAUAGAAUAAUAGAUUUUCUUCUUCUGAUAGUAUUUUUUGUCUGAGAGAUAUUCCCGAUUGCUACUUUUUAAAUUGUCACCCUGUAUGUGUGUGUUUGGAAUCAGAUUCAGAAAUCAUUCUAGCCAAAAAUAUACAGGGUGUUCCAAUUUUAAAAAAAUAGUGUUUUCUCAUUAUGACAUUAUGAUAGAUGGCACCUGUCAUUUUCCCGUUUUGACAUGAGCAAAAGAUAAUGAGAUAAAAACCUAGAACUUUUGUAUUUCACUUUUUUUGUUUAAGUUGUAGAAGCUGCACCUAAUUAUAAGCAGACCCUGUAUAUAUAGAACAAUAAUUAGUCUAUUAUAUAAUGAUAGCCAUUCAUUAAUAUACCUAAUAUACCCACGAGCAUGUUGUGUAUAGGUUACUAAUGGCAGUUACAUGAGAGUUGCAAUAGUAAACUUUUCAACUGGUAUAGUGCCAUCUAUUGACAAUUUUGAACAAACAAAUCUGUUAUUUUUGAAUAAACAUUGAUCAUGUUUAAAAUAACUCGAUUUCAGUGGCUGAAAAAUGUGUAUCUUAUGAAGUUCAUUAUGGAAAAGAUUUUAAUCUUUUAAUUAGCGUAUUGACACACAAGUGAUCCAUUAUGUUCCUAGCUCGGAUUUAGUCACUGUAGUAGCCUGCAGGGCCGUAUCUAGACCAAAAUUUUGGGGGGGGUUAGACAAAGUGGCAAAAAAAAUUGUUAAACUAGUAAUAAAAAAAAAAAAAUUAAUAAGUAUUUAAUAAGUGUUGUUUGUUUUUAAGUUAAAUUUUUUGAAUUCUAUUAUUUUGGGGGGGGGGGGUUUGAACCCCCAAAACCCCCCCCUAUACACGGCCCUGGUAGCCUGUAUAGCUAGGAGGACCAUAAAGAUUCUAUGCAUUAGUUGUAUUCCUUUCAUACCUAGGAAGAGCUCCGGAACAGCUCCGGGGCUUCACGCGCUUAUUCCUUUCGAAAAGUGUUAGUUGCACCACGCAUCUGUUCCCUGCAAAUCGGGGGCGAAUAAACCCCGGAGCAAGUAGCUCGAGUGUUUCAAGCUCUUGAAAGGAAUACAACUAUUGGGUCAUUUGUUCGUUUUUAUAAAGUACGAGCAUAAAUAAAUAC